GACGUAUAGUGCUUUGUGACUGGUAUAGGGAGGCUUAAAGAGACAACGGCAGGAGGCAGGGAGGCGAGCGAAAUGAGAUCGAGAAAAUAUCUAUAAAGCCGCCGACAUGAUCAUUUAAGGCCCUCAAAAACACUCACGAACAGCCUCGCCGGUUACAAGCAAGAGCAGCUUUGCAUCCUGGGUUUUCCCGUACAGCCGACGCCCUUGUUGCAUUUCCCUUCUGUAUGCACCGGAGUGCAAGAAAUGCCCACUGCGAGGCUCAGCUCUGACCGGGAGGACGCGAUGCCGAUCGCCGGAGCCAGCAGGCACACGGUGGUGCGAUUCUACUAGGCCGGGAGACAGAUCUCAGGCCGUGUGCUCAGCCGACCCGUUCCGGGGGGGCUGGGUGACAUGCAGCUCUGAUUCUGGGACUUGGAGAAAAGAAUCACAUUCAAAUUGGAGUGGUAGCCUUGAAGGAAGCGUGCAUCCAGGCAAAGGGCCCGGAAACGUGCGAAGGAGCCAUUUGAAUUUGCUGCUCUUCCAGCCAUCCUUAUUUUAAGUGUUUUUUUUGUUUUUUUUUAUCUUGGUGUGUGUGUGUAUAUAUGUAUGUACAUAUUUAUAUGUACAUAAGGCCCUCCUCUCUGCCUUGCUUUGUUCAAAUUCCCCCUUCACUCCUUCCCAUCCCUCACCCCCGAGAAACGACUGCACCGGUGACAGUUCCCGCGGCUCUGUGAUUUGCAUGGCAGCGGCGUAACCGUGGAGAGGCCCGGGUAUCACAAGCUUAUGGAUUUUGACAAGAGAGGAGGGAAGGGGGAGGCCGAGGAGGGGAGAAGAAUGUCCAAGACGCCCGGGAGCAGGACUGCGCAUGGGGGCCGGGGCACAGGGACCAACUCUGGGGUGCUCAUGGUCGGUCCCAACUUCCGGGUGGGUAAGAAGAUCGGCUGCGGCAACUUUGGAGAACUGCGGUUGGGGAAGAACCUCUACACCAAUGAAUACGUGGCUAUCAAACUGGAGCCAAUAAAGUCCAGGGCACCUCAGCUGCACUUGGAAUACAGGUUUUACAAGCAGUUGGGAAAUUCAGAGGGCAUCCCGCAGGUCUUCUACUUUGGUCCAUGUGGAAAGUACAACGCCAUGGUGCUGGAGCUGCUGGGGCCCAGUCUGGAGGACCUGUUCGACCUGUGUGACCGUACCUUCUCCCUCAAGACCGUGCUCAUGAUCGCCAUCCAGCUGAUAACCCGGAUGGAGUACGUGCACACCAAAAGCCUCAUCUACAGAGACGUAAAGCCAGAGAACUUUCUGGUGGGACGACCAGGGAGUAAGAGGCAGCACACCAUCCACAUCAUCGAUUUUGGGCUGGCCAAAGAGUACAUCGACCCCGAGACCAAAAAACAUAUCCCCUACCGGGAGCAUAAGAGCCUGACGGGGACAGCGAGAUACAUGAGCAUUAACACACACCUGGGGAAAGAACAAAGUAGACGGGAUGACCUGGAAGCUCUUGGUCACAUGUUCAUGUACUUCCUGCGAGGCAGCUUGCCCUGGCAAGGCCUCAAGGCGGACACUCUGAAGGAGCGCUAUCAGAAGAUCGGGGACACCAAGCGAGCCACCCCCAUCGAGGUGCUAUGCGAGAGCUUCCCAGAGGAGAUGGCCACCUACCUGCGCUAUGUGAGGAGGCUGGAUUUCUUCGAGAAGCCAGACUAUGACUACUUGAGGAAGCUCUUCACUGACCUCUUCGACAGGAACGGCUACGUGUUCGACUACGAGUACGACUGGGUCGGCAAGCCACUCCCCACUCCGAUAGGCCCAGUGCCCAGCGACGCGCCGCUGCCGUCCAGCAACAGAGACAAAGCACAACAUCAGACCAAAAACCAGGUAAUGAGCUCCACCAAUGGAGAGCUGAACACGGACGAUCCCACUGCAGGACACUCCAACGCACCAAUCACAGCGCCGGCUGAGGUCGAGGUGGCCGAUGACACAAAGUGUUGCUGCUUCUUCAAGAGGAGAAAGAGGAAAGCACUCCAGAGACACAAGUGAGGGGUCAGGACAGAGAGACUGAGAGAUGGAGAGCUUCAGCUCACGUCACUUUUACGCUUGGGAGAGGACACGCAGGACACCCACCGACGUCCCGUCUGCAUACCCACCCGCCCGAGAAGGAACGUGGCAGGCCGCCCUCAUGGCGUGGCAGGCCAUGGAUUCCGCUUUUCCUUUACAGAGAGACUAAAUGGACUUAAUGAAACGUACACAUCAUAUUGUUACUGUUCGAAAAGCACUCUUUGAAGCCGCUGAUUUUCCCGAGAUUCCACGUAGAACAUAAUAUUGGUCAGCUGCUGAUCAGCCAUGGAUCGGGCGAGGCGAGGCAGGGUGGGGCGGGACGGAGG